CCGCAGACAGCUGAGCAAAGGCACAACCAGCUCGCACGUCCGUUCCUGCCCAUGGCGCGCGUCACAUGUGCUUCGCAGUAUGAUCCAAGCUCACAAGUUCACACAAACACGCUCUGCCUCCGUUAUUAGCGCUACAAAGCGCAUCAGACUACCAAAGCGGCAGGAAAAGUUCCCUGUGUGGACAGAGGGAAGGAGGCUUUCUGUGCAGUGCACACCAUUUCUUGGCAUUGCCAUUUUCUUCUGUCCCUAUACCUGCCAUUCGCCUUUUAUGGCGCAAAAGAUUUCUCCUUGGGAAGAGCAGAGCACAUUUUCCUGGGGGGGCGGCGACGCAAAGGCGAGCUCUCUCCGAUCCCAUGACUACAAGAAAGCAGUAAGCUUAGAAAAGAGAGGGGGUAAAAGGGGAGGAAAGCAAUGGAGACAGGAAAGCUCUCCUCUCCUCUCCUCUCCUGCUUGUGUCAAAGCUGAAGGUAGCCUAGCAACGGGCGAGUGAGUGCUGCUCCACUCGAGUGUGGGGAAUAGAAGAGCGAGAAAAAGGGAGGAGCGAGUGCAUUUCCUUUCCUUUUGCUCCUUUGCGCUUUUUCUUGUAGCGGUUUGUUCCUUCCUUCUUCGCGUUCUUGGUUCUUGGUCCUCUCUGCACGCAAAGGAUCGCUUGUCUUUGUUGCUCCGUGUCUCUGAGCCAGUGCACUCUGCUUCUUGGACCGCUUCUUGUUGGUUCUUGACAAGAGAAAUUCUCCAUUCCUUCCUUCCUCGCUCCUUUUCUCGAGUGGAUUGGACUGGACUGGACUCUGGAGAGGGUGAGUGAGUGAGUAAGUGAGGUGAGGUGAAGAGUUUGGUUUCUUGCAAGGAGGAUGGCCGGAGGAGGGGCGGCGCCGCCGCCGAAGCAGGAGGAGAUGCACCCGCACGCUGUGAAGGACCAGCUGCCCAGCGUGUCCUACUGCAUCACAAGCCCACCACCGUGGCCUGAGGCCGUCAUACUUGGAUUCCAACACUACCUCGUGAUGCUGGGUACAUCUGUCAUCAUACCAAGUGCUCUUGUUCCCCAGAUGGGAGGCGGAAAUGAUGAGAAGGCCCGGGUGAUUCAGACGCUGCUGUUCGUCGCCGGCAUUAACACCUUGUUCCAGUCGUUCUUUGGGACUCGUCUACCUGCUGUGAUGGGUGGAUCCUACACCGUUGUUGCGCCGACAAUUUCCAUCAUCUUGGCUGGCCGUUACAGCAAUGAAACAGAUCCUCAUGAGAAAUUCCUGCGGACCAUGCGAGGAACACAGGGCGCUUUCAUCAUUGCAUCGACAAUUCAGAUCAUACUUGGUUUUAGUGGCCUCUGGCGCAAUGUAGUGAGAUUGCUAAGUCCAUUGUCUGCUGUUCCUCUGAUAUCACUUGCUGGAUUUGGGCUGUAUGAGCUUGGUUUUCCAGGGGUUGCCAAAUGUGUUGAAAUUGGGCUUCCAGAAAUCAUUCUACUACUCAUAUUUUCUCAGUAUUUACCUCAUCUUAUACAUGUGGCAAAACCUGUGUUCGACCGAUUUGCUGUGAUUUUCACCAUUGCUAUUGUGUGGCUGUAUGCAUAUAUUCUCACUGUUAGCGGCGCAUACAACAACGCCCCACUGAAGACACAAGUGCACUGUCGAGUUGACCGCUCUGGACUUAUCGGUGGAGCUCCUUGGAUAAGAGUGCCGUAUCCUUUCCAAUGGGGCGCUCCGACAUUUGAUGCUGGUGAAUGCUUUGCAAUGAUGAUGGCAUCAUUUGUUGCUCUUGUAGAGUCAACAGGGACCUUUGUUGCUGUGUCAAGAUACGCUAGCGCAACUAUGAUACCUCCCUCAAUUCUUGGUCGGGGCAUCGGUUGGCAGGGUAUCGGAACUUUACUAGGUGCAUUUUUCGGGACGGCCAAUGGGACUGCAGUGUCAGUUGAAAAUGCUGGUUUACUAGCACUGACACAUGUUGGCAGCCGGAGAGUAGUGCAAAUAUCUGCUGGCUUCAUGAUUUUCUUCUCUAUUCUUGGGAAAUUUGGAGCCAUUUUUGCGUCAAUUCCAUUGCCAAUAUUUGCUGCCCUCUACUGCAUUUUCUUUGCAUAUAUUGGUGCCUGUGGUCUCAGCUUCCUCCAGUUCUGCAAUCUCAACAGCUUCAGGACCAAGUUCAUCGUGGGGUUCUCCUUCUUCAUGGGCUUAUCAGUUCCUCAGUACUUCAACGAGUACACAUCGGUUGCUGGUCAUGGCCCGGUGCACACCGGCGCUCGAUGGUUCAACGACAUGAUAAACGUGCCAUUCUCGUCGAAACCGUUCGUGGCGGGUAUCGUGGGAUACUUCCUGGACAACACGAUGCACAGGCGCGACAGCGCGGUGCGGAGGGACAGGGGGUACCACUGGUGGGACAAGUUCAGGAGCUUCAAGACGGACACCAGGAGCGAGGAGUUCUACUCUCUGCCCUUCAACCUGAACAAGUUCUUCCCUUCGGUGUGAUGAUCGAUCUGAGCGCGCAUAGCCUCCUCGAGCUGAAAGGAGGGUGGAGCUGAAAUUCCAUGGUCAGUCUGGACGUUGGCUCGAUCGAUGGUUUUGUAAAUCCGGGGGUUCGUUGGAUUGGAUUGGAUUGACUGGCUGGAGGUCCGUUUUGACAGGCCUUGUCUGUCAGGCAUGUGCUGCUGACAGUUAGUAGCAUUUUCUGUCUGAAGACUUUUUCCAGUAAUGUAGGCUGAGGCUUCGUUGUGCCAAAAAAAUAGAAUCAUCGGCGGACCGGGACAGUCCUUGCAGUUUCUGCAGCAUCUCUCUAAAUUCUAAUGAGCAAAAUUGUUCGCA